GCAUUCUGGAGUAAAGUCGUCUGGUAAACUUCCGGUCUUGAAAUUUUUUCCAGCACAUUCGAUGAGAAUUAAUUUCAUCUAUCCGAAGCCAUCGACAGUUUAAACAAAUAGUUAUAAUCAUGAGCAUAGCAUUUGACGAAUAUGGAAGACCUUUCAUUAUCAUCAGAGACCAGGAGAGGAAAUCACGAUUGACAGGAAUUGAAGCCCAUAAAUCCCACAUCAUGGCAGCAAAGUCUGUCGCAGGGGUGUUGAGGUCUUCCCUGGGUCCAAAAGGUUUGGAUAAAUUAUUAGUGAGUCCAGAUGGUGAUAUUACAGUUACCAAUGAUGGUGCUACCAUCCUGAAACAGAUGGAUGUCCAGCAUCAGAUUGCCAAACUCAUGGUCCAGCUCUCACAGUCACAAGAUGACGAGAUUGGAGACGGUACUACUGGGGUAGUAGUAUUGGCUGGGGCCCUUUUAGAACAAGCAGAAAAACUUUUAGAUAGAGGAAUACAUCCAAUUCGUGUAGCUGAUGGCUAUGAAAUGGCUGCCAAAGUGGCAUGUGAACACCUUGGGAAAAUUAGUGAAGAUUUCAAAGUUACUCCAAAAGAUAAAGAAGAUCUGAUACGUUUAGCAAUGACUACCCUUGGUUCCAAAAUUGUGAACAGAUGCCACAGACAAAUGGCAGAGAUAGCAGUAGAUGCUAUUUUGUCAGUAGCUGAUUUUGAAAGGAAAGAUGUAGAUUUUGAACUGAUUAAAGUUGACGGCAAAGUUGGAGGGAAAAUGGAGGACACCAUGUUGAUUAAAGGAGUUAUUAUAGACAAAGAUAUGAGCCAUCCACAGAUGCCUAAGAACAUCAAGGAUGCUAGGAUAGCGAUUCUGACCUGCCCUUUUGAACCACCAAAACCCAAGACCAAGCACGGUCUGGAGGUGAAGUCUGUAGAAGAUUACAAGAAGCUUCGAGAGUAUGAAUUGGAAAAGUUUGAAUCCAUGGUUAGAAUGAUUAAAGACACAGGUGCGAACUUGGUCAUCUGUCAGUGGGGAUUUGAUGAUGAAGCAAACCACUUGUUACUACAGAGAAGUUUGCCAGCAGUGCGAUGGGUGGGAGGACCUGAAAUAGAGUUGAUUGCCAUCGCCACAGGAGGCAGAAUUGUUCCCAGAUUUGAAGAGCUGACAAAAGAGAAACUGGGAUUAGCGGGUACUGUGAGGGAGCUGAAUUUUGGUACAACCAAAGAUAGAAUGUUGGUGAUAGAAGACUGCAAUAACUCCAGGGCAGUAACCAUCUUCAUCAGGGGAGGUAAUAAGAUGAUUGUUGAGGAGGGCAAGAGAAGUAUACAUGAUGCCCUGUGUGUGAUCAGGAACUUGGUGAAAGACAACAGGAUUGUGUAUGGGGGAGGAGCUCCAGAAAUCUCGUGUUCGCUGGCCGUUGCUGAGGCUGCCAAAAAGAUAUCCACACUAGAACAGUAUGCAAUGAAAUCCUUUUCUGAGGCAUUAGAAAGUAUACCUCUGGCUUUAGCUGAAAACACUGGUUAUGCCCCAAUCCACACAUUAGCAGAUAUCAAGUCUAGACAAAUAAAGGAAAACAAUCCUAGGCUUGGAAUAGAUUGUCUCAACAAGGGUACCAAUGAUAUGAAAUCGCAAUCUGUGAUAGAGACCCUGUCAUCCAAGAGAGCCCAGAUCCUGUUGGCUGUACAGCUGACAAAGAUGAUCCUUAAAAUCGAUGAUGUCAGAGGAGGCGCAGACCAGGUGAGUUAUACGUAAUUAACUGAAGGACCAGGGGGGGGGAUGAAUUGCAUACUCACGUAGUCUGUAAUCCAACCUCACUGAAAUGCUGCCUGUUUACAACGAUGUUCGUUAUUAUUUGCGACGGAGUGAUUGAUCUACAAUGAUAAAUAUCUUUGCACAAGAUGUGGUCUGGCAGAUAUAUCUUGCAUGCAAAUGUAGAAAUUGGUCGACAGAUAAGUCGGAUAUUACUAUGUACCAUGAUCUCAGUGAAAGUUUCCCACCAUUAAAUCGUGAAUGAAAUGUCAUUGGGUAGUUCCUCUUGUUUGCAAUUGGCUUUUGAAGAAAAUUGAAUUCACAAAGUUGGAGAGGGGUUAUGUAAUCUCCUGUAUACAUCAAUCAACUCUGUGAGAUAUCUUGGAUUUCAAUAAAACUGUUAGAGAAAUGUGGGCCAUGAUUAGAUAUUGUGUUAGAUUCCUGAUUGAUUGUGCGUGGGAGGUAGAUGUUUUGUGAGUUCCUUGUCGUUACAAUCCUGUCUUGUAUUACAGAUAUAAGGAGUGGUAAGUAAUGGAAUCCUGAUGUUACAGUGCUGUGUUGACUUGGUGCUGUGUUGACUUAGUGCUGUGUUAACUUAUUUCCUUCAGUUCACAUUCAACAUUUUCACACUUUAUUUUCAUUAGCUUUUCCAUAUUUCUUCAUUUCCUUCAGUUCACAUUCAACAUUUUCACACUUUAUUUUCAUUAGCUUUUCAGUCUACUUCCUUAAUCAUGUGCACAAAGAAUUAUUAUAACUGUAAUCAGCUAGGUUAGUAUGUAUACCAUUGUUAAUGGCUUGAUUAGUGUGAAUAUUGUCUAAAUCAUUAUGUACAUUUGUAUAUGCAAAUUAUUUUCCGAUGCUUUUUUGUAAAUUAUUUCUUAGUUAGCAAGCAUUAGGAAUAGCCUGGAUUGAAGUACAAGUUUAGAAAUUCAUAUUAUCACAGUCUGACAUUGUAUAUAGAAAAUAUCACAACCUUUACACUGCAGUUUCUUGCAUUCAAAUUUGAAAAAAUUCCAAUGAUUCUGAGUUUUGGGCCAUUUCAUUUAAAUUUCUUUUUCAAAUAUAUUUUUCUUGUGUAUAUUUUCUUAAGUGACAUAUUUCUUAAAGAUAUUUUGUCAACAGAAGUGCAUCAUUUAAUGCCAGAUGGGUAUUGAUCUAUGCUUAUUUCUCAGACGAAUUCCAGGUUAAGCUUUAAUUCUAAACAUAGAACGAUACCACACUUCUUCAAGAUAUGAAGAACAUUAAUCCUUUCCUUUCAUUCAGUUUUUCCUACACUUAUGAUCAAGAGCAGACAAUGUUAUCAAGAAAUUCAGAAAAUGAUUAAAAAGAAAAUUACACUUUCUUGAAGAAAUAGUUGUACAUUGUAGUAUUGAUAUUUCAGGUCAUCAGCUUGAGUAGAGCAAUGCUGUAUUUUCCUGUAUAGUUAAAGAAAUGAAUAUUUACUUCUUCUUUUUUGUGACUAUUCUUUAUCAUUUAUUUUAGGAAUUUAAAUACCUGAAUGCAGUAGGUCACAAUAGGAGUUGUGGAAGUGCAUUGAUAAAAUGAUUUUUCUUCUUUGCAGUUCUAGGUGUGACUCUGGAUUAGGAAGGCAAUAGGAAAUUUUAAGUGAUCUGGACAAUCCCGUGUUGGUACCGUGGGGACUGAUGUGUUUUGAUCCAGAUUUUCAACUGUGACAUGCCUGUGUAUUGAUUGACUCGGUACCAUCUACCAGCGAUAUAGUACUAGUGUGAGAGGUUUAAAUGUACUUUGUCACAUUUUAGUGACAGUUUACUUCUUGACAAAGUAUGAGAGGGAAGUUUUUAUAUAUUUAAAGAUUGAUGUACGUGUGUAAAUGUAUCAGAUUCCUUGAACAAAUUAAAAUGUGAUGAAAAUUUCA